AUGGAUGAGGCAACAAAUCAGAGCGAAUUGAAUGUUGAUCGAUAUUCUAUGAUGGAGGUUCGAGUGAAUGAAGAUUUGGUGGGUGAUUCAUUAAGUACAGAUCAAGGAGAUUUAAACAUUGAUGGAUCUUCUUCUAUUCCAGUAAGUAAUGGUGAUGAAGCUUUUGAGUUGUAUAACGAACAUGCAUAUAGAGUUGGUUUUAGUGUGAGGAAGGGUAAACAACGUUACAAGGCAUCUACCAAGACAAUUCAAAUGAAGAGAUUUUACUGUUCUAAGGCUGGUUUUAAGUGUAAGGCAGAUGGUGGUGUUAAGCUUUAUUCAAAAAUUGAUACAAGGACAGGGUGUGGUGCAUUUGUUCAGUUUGAUGUGGGUGGUGAUGGAUUGUGGACAGUAGCAAAACAUAUGAAGGUGCACAAUCACGAGCUAUGUGAUUUAGACAAGAGUCAUCUACUUCGGUCACAUAGGAGAGCGGGAAGUAACCAGCUUUCAUGUUUAAAAGUCUUGAAGCAGAGUGGAGUUGGGGUGCCAGGGGGUAUUAGGUUUUUGAAACAUCAAUCUGGCGGGUCUUCAUUGGUUGGUUUCACUAGUCCUGAUGCUUAUAAUUCACUGGCUUGUGACACAGUUAAGAGUUUGGAUGGAACUGAUUCCAAUUAUUUAAUUGAAAUAUUUAGGAGGAGGCAGUCCAAUGAGAUGGUGACCGAAUUUAAGUGUCACAAGAAUUCAUGGCUAGGGAAGCUUUACGACUGUAGGGAGAAAUGGUGUCCAGCUUUCAAUAAGGAUUAUUUUUCUGGGGGUAUUCUAUCUUCACAAAGGAGUGAAACCACAAACCAUUCAAUUUCUAGAAGGCUAUCUAAGAAUGCUGGUUUGUGUGAUUUCUACUCCUCGUUUGUUGGUGUUAUUUCUGAGUGGAGAAGUAAAGAAAAUGGUGAAGAUUUUCGUUGUGCUCAAGGUGUACCUGCCAUGAUGAUUGACCAUGUGAAACUUCUUUCACAUGCUAGAGAGGUAUAUACAAUUGAAAUCUAUUUUUUGUUUGAGGAACAGUUAAUGAAAGGCAGUGCGUGUCACCAAGAGAUUGUGUUGAAUGAUGGGUGUCAAUAUAAGUAUCAUGUGUGGCGACCGGAUGUAGAUAUUAUAAGGCAUGAAGUUAGUUUUAAGCGGAUUAAUCUUGACAUUUCUUGCAGUUGCAAACUGUUUUCCGAAAUGGGAAUUCUGUGUUGUCAUUGUUUACGCAUACUUGAUAUAAACUGUGUUCCUAGUAUUCCUGACAAGUACAUUAUGAAAAGAUGGACUAAAAAGGUUGCAGCUGGUAGGAAUGUGAACUUUGAUUCACUGUCUUAUAAUGUUGGUGUUCCUCAUUCAAUUUGGGUUGUUGAGAUUAGUAGGAAGUUUCAAAAAUUGGUUGUUUCAAGUCAAGACAAUAGUGUAGCUAGACAGUUUUGCGAUGAAGCUGUUGAGAAUGCAUGCAAAGAAAUUGAUUGA